GUUUUUCUCUCAUUUUCUUUUUCUGGUACAAUCAUUUUUAUCGGAUUUAAUUGUUUGGUUUCCAUGUGAGCCGAUUUCACUCUCUCACACUCACUCUUUUUCCAUUUUAAUAUAAAUAUAAAUCUAAAUGGAAGAUGAUAAACAGUUAGAAAAAGAUAUUUCUCCUACUCGGUUAUCAUUUAGAAAUUGGUUUCUACUUUCAACUGGUAUCCUCAUCGCUGCAAUUUUAAUUCCUUUGUUGUUUAAAAGUGACAAUUAUUUCUCAUCAUCAACUAAUCGUUUAAACAGUGAAAUGGUGAGCAUACGUUUAAUUAAUAAAUCACUUUUGUGGCCAUCGAUCACAAUUGGCCUUCUGUCAACCCAACGAGUUUUUGCUUCAUCAAUGAGCGGUGAAAAUGCUUGGAAAAACGCAAAUUCAUUCUAUGAAUUUUCCGCCACAGACCUCGAUGGUAAAGACGUUUCAAUGGACAAAUACAAGGGUGACGUGGUAAUUGUAGUAAAUGUCGCUACUUACUGUGGCUUAACCCGAGCUAAUUAUGCUCAACUCAAUGAGAUCUACAAUGAAUACAAGGAUAAAGGUCUAAAAAUAGCUGGAUUUCCUUGUAAUCAAUUCGGUAAUCAAGAACCAGGAUGCUCUGUGGACAUCAAAGACUUCGUAGCCAAGAACAAGGUCGAAUGGGAUGUUUACGAUAAGAUCGAUGUCAAUGGCAAAGAUGCUCAUCCUUUAUGGAAAUGGUUACAGCAUAAGAAAGGAGGAUUCCUUACGGACGGAAUCAAAUGGAAUUUCACCAAAUUCUUAGUCGAUCGUAAAGGAGUUCCAGUUAAGCGAUUUGCACCCACCGAUGAGCCGAAGACAUUCAUCAAAGAUAUUCAAGCUGAAUUGGCUAAGCAAUAAUCUUGAAUUUUUUUCUGGAAAACUAUUUUCGAUUACAGCUAUUGUUGUAUUAAAUCAUAUCCCUCGAACACUUUACAAUUAAUAAUAUCCCUUAUUGUGAAACAAUAUGGAAACAUUACAAACUGGAAGGGAAAUCAACGGAAUUUGCUCCGUUGACAAUGAACUGAAUUUAGAAUGACCAAAAUGAAUUUUGAAAAGAGAAAUUUCCAAAUUGUAAUCAUCAACUAAAAUCUCGGCCACAAUUGAAUCAUAUUAAAUUGCACCUUAAAAACAUGUA